AUGGAGCCCAAUAUAAACCCAUCACCGAAGCUCAAGCUCAAACCCCUCAUCAUAGCCACCCUUCUCCAAGCCCGCCGCCUCACCCGCCCUCGCAAACCACCCAUCACCACUCCCGCCCCCAUUGAUGAACCUCGACAUAACCCCUCCCCAUGUAUCCUCACCACCUCUCUCUUCCUCACUCUCCUCCCUCUCGAGAUACGCUCGCGCAUCUACCACUUCGUCUUCGCGGGCCGGGAACUACAUCUCGCUGUGCCGUGGUUCUCGAAGGAUAAACCUUUGAUGGCGAAAUUAAGACACAAUGAGUUGGAUUCGGAGCCGGGUGGGGGGAAGUGGCAGGCGCGGUGGAGGGGGAGCGUGGCGAGGGGGUAUCCUGAGUGUGAUCAGUAUUUGGAGUUUAAACAGGAGCCGGGGGUGACGGGGGAGUUGCUCGGGCUUCCGCUGUGUUGUCGGCAGGUGUACUACGAGUCAAUCAGAUUCCUCUACGCCUCCACGGGCUUCACAAUCCUACACCCACCCGCUCUAACGAUGUUCGUAGAUGCCGACCGGAAAGGCGCAGAUUUCAUGCGCUGGGUGCGCGUGCUACGACUAGAAUACGAGUUCUCCGUCCCAGUUCGGGCGGGGGAUUUCGAUGUCCCUGGUGAGAUGGGCGGGCUAAGGCCGGGACUGGAUUGGGAUGAGGUGUGUCGGUGCUUGGUGCUGAUGACGAGGUUGAAGGUGUUGCAUGUUACGAUAUAUCCGGUUGAUGCGUUGGUGAAGCGGCAUUGGGCGGGGGAUAUGGUCUGGGAGAUGCUGGGGGGGUUGGGGAUGGCGAGGGCGGAGGAGUUUAGGGUGUCGGUGAGGAAGCCGUUUAUGAAGUUUAGGGACGUGUUGGGGGAGGUGCCGUUUGAGUUGUGUGAGGUGUAUGAGGAUUAUUGA